AUGGGCAAAGAUACGACAAUUGAGAAUUUCAAGAGGCUAUUGCUAGUUCAAUUGAAAAGGCUCGUGGCUUUUGGAAAGCUGUUCAAAGUGAAGGGUUCGUACAAGCUUCCAUCGGCUUCGAAGCGAGCUGCCUCUGCACCGAUUAAGAAGAAGAUUGCUAAAAUUGUUUCUUCUAUUCAACGGUAUUUGCUUUCCCUUUCAUUGGAGGCUGUGAAAAAAGCACUUAUUCCAACAUUUUCUUUUUCCGGCAGUGAAGGGGUGGCGUUGGGCGAUCCACUGGCAUUGGACGGUCAGCUGGCAGGUAGGGAAGUGAGUGGUUCCUGA